AUGAUAUCCAUUUACCGCAUACGGGUGCCUUGCACCAGCGCAGCGGCCACAAAACGUGGCAAAGAAGCCAAGAAGCGUGUUGGUAAUCGCCGUCUAAGUGUUGGUAAUUUACCGUUCCUUCCUACAUCCGAUCUGCUUGCUUGUGCCAUACCACCGCACCCGUAUAUCCGAGAUGCUUCGAUGAAAACGGUUGACAGAGCGGAUUGA